AACGAACCGGAAAAUAUCCAUACGUUAGUAAUAGUAGGCUGUACGACACAUGAUUACAGUAACGCCACAACGCCGUCUCGACUGAUCUGAAGAAGCUACACACAACGCGUAGAGCUCGUACUCGUUCCUUGUUUGAAUAGUCUUGGGAUGUUUUCUUUAGGGUUUAUAGUCAGAUCUCUUACAGUUUGAGGUAUUGAUUGAUUCGUAUAUAGUGAAAUUAGGUCUUUCGAGUUGAAUUUCAGCUUGGAAGAUGGCGAAAGUUUAUGAUAACUGGAAGAGGCUGGUCCGAGCUACUCUCGGGAGAGAGCAGCUUCGGGUUUCCGGUCAAAGUCAUGAAAGAAAGGCCAGUGGGCUCGCUGGUGCAGUUCCUGAUUCACUUCAGCGGACCACCAAUAUCAAUGCGAUCUUACAGGCUGCUGAUGAGAUUCAACCUGAGGAUGCACAUGUUGCUAGAAUAUUGUGUGAGCAGGCGUAUUCCAUGGCUCAGAAUUUGGACCCCAAUAGCGAUGGAAGAGGAGUUCUUCAGUUUAAGACCGGUUUGAUGUCCGUGAUCAAGCAAAAACUAGCCAAAAAGGAGGGGGAGCGAAUAGACCGUAACCGUGAUGCUCAAUACCUGUGGGAUUUUUAUCAGCGUUACAAACGAGUGCACAGAGUUGAUGAGAUUAUGAGAGAGGAACGAAGAAUGCUUGAAUCUGGAACCUUCAGUGCUGAUAUGGGAGGCUUGGGACUAAGAUCUCAAGAAACUAGAAAGGUAUUUACCACACUGAGAGCUCUUGUCGAGGUAAUGGAGGUCCUUAGUAAAGAAGCCGCGCCUGAUGGAGUUGGAAGAUAUAUUAAAGAAGAGUUAAAAAGGUUGAAGAAAACAGAUCAAGGAUUGUCGGGGGAUCUAAUGCCUUAUAACAUCGUUCCUCUUGAAGCACCAUCUCUGACAAAUGCUAUUGGAUUCUAUCCAGAAGUUAGAGGUGCAAUAUCGGCAAUUAGAUAUCAUGAACAAUUCCCUAGGCUUCCAGCUGAUUUUGAGGUUCCUGCACAGCGUAACUUGGACAUGUUUGAUCUUCUGGAAUUUGUGUUCGGUUUUCAGAAAGACAACAUCAAGAAUCAGCGUGAGAAUGUUGUUCUCACUUUAGCAAAUGCACAAUCACGACUUGGUAUACCUGUUGAAGCGGAUCCAAAAAUAGAUGAGAUAGCUAUUACGGAAGUCUUUCUGAAGGUUCUUGAUAACUACAUCAAAUGGUGCAAAUAUCUGCGUAGACGCGUUGUUUGGAAUAGGUUGCAAGCUAUUAAUAAGGACAGAAAGCUUUUCUUGGUUUCAUUGUACUUCUUAAUCUGGGGUGAAGCUGCAAAUGUCCGCUUUCUUCCAGAAUGCAUUUGCUACAUAUUCCACAAUAUGGCCAGGGAGUUGGAUGCUAUUUUGGAUCGUGGAGAAGCUGGCCAUGCUCCUAGUUGUGUUGGCGAGAAUAAUACAGUGUCCUUUCUGAAUCAAAUCAUUCAACCCAUUUACAACACACUGGCUAAGGAAGCCGGAAGAAACAAUAAUGGAAAAGCUGCCCACUCAUCAUGGCGGAAUUAUGAUGAUUUCAAUGAAUAUUUCUGGUCACCUGCCUGCUUUGAGUUGAGCUGGCCUAUGAAGGACACAUCACCAUUUCUGCGAAUACCCAAACCAGCAAAAAGGUUCUUUUCAAAACAUCAGACUGGGAAAAGCACUUUUGUUGAGCAUCGGACGUUCCUUCACUUGUAUCGCAGUUUUCAUCGUAUGUGGAUCUUCUUAGUAGUCAUGUUCCAGGGAUUGACGAUUAUAGCAUUCAAUGAUGGAAAACUAAACCUUGAUACUUUUAAAACAUUGCUUAGCAUUGGUCCAACAUAUGCUAUCAUGAAGUUUGUGGAAUGUUGCUUGGAUGUACUCUUGAUGUUUGGGGCUUACAGCACAGCAAGAGGCAUGGCAAUUUCAAGGCUGGUUAUUAGGUUCUUCUGGGGUGCAUUGAGCUCAGUAUUUAUAACAUAUGUAUAUGUAAAAGUUUUGCAGGAGAGAAAUGACAAUACCUCAAAUUCAGUGUACUUUCGAAUAUAUCUGCUUGUUGUGGGCGUUUAUGCUGGUGUACGCAUAGUUUUUGCCUUACUGCUAAAACUCCCAUUCUGCCAUUCUUUAUCUGAAAAGUCUGAUCAACCGUUCUUCCAAUUCUUUAAGUGGAUUUACGAGGAGAGGUAUUUUGUUGGCCGUGGUCUUUAUGAGAGACCCAUGGAUUACAUAAGGUAUGUGCUGUACUGGUUGGUGAUCUUUGCUUGCAAGUUCACUUUCGCCUACUUCCUUCAGAUCAAACCAUUAGUUGAUCCCACCAACAUUAUCGAGAACCUUCCGUCACUGCAAUAUUCGUGGCAUGAUUUUGUAUCUAAGAAUAAUAAUAAUGUUCUCACCUUAGUUAGCAUAUGGGCUCCUAUAGUGGCUAUCUAUAUUAUGGAUAUUCAUAUAUGGUACACUCUUCUGUCGGCAAUAGUCGGUGGUGUAAUGGGUGCACGGGGGAGAUUAGGCGAGAUUCGAUCAAUUGAGAUGGUACGGAAACGGUUUGAGAGCUUCCCAAAGGCCUUUGUUAAGCAACUUUUGUCUGUACAAGCUAACAGGAUACCAAUCAUUGGACACUCAUAUCAGGAUUCUGAAGACAAUGACAAGACCUAUGCAGCCAAGUUCUCUCCAUUCUGGAAUGAGAUCAUCAAAAGUCUUCGUGAAGAAGAUUACAUCAGUAACAGGGAAAUGGACUUACUUUCUAUGCCAAGCAACACUGGAAGUCUUGGAUUAGUUCAGUGGCCUUUGUUUCUGUUAAUCAGCAAGAUAUAUUUGGCGAUUGACUUAGCUAUAGACUGCAAAGAUGCUCAAGCAGAUCUUUGGAGUAGAAUUAGCAGGGAUGAAUAUAUGGCAUAUGCUGUCCAGGAGUGCUACUACAGUAUUGAGAAAAUACUACAUUCUUUAGUUGAUGGAGAAGGGAAGCUAUGGGUUGACAGGAUCUUUCGAGAGAUCAACCAUAGUAUGUCGGAGGGUUCGCUUGUCAUGACUUUAAAUCUUAAGAAGAUUCCUUUGGUGCUGUCAAGAUUUUCAGCAUUGACUGGCCUUCUGAUCAUGAAUGAAACACCUGAACUCGCAAAAGGAGCUGCUAAAGCUGUAUAUGAGUUAUAUGAGGUGGUUACUCAUGAACUUUUGUCAUCUGAUCUGAGGGAGCAGCUUGAUACAUGGAAUAUAUUGGCAAGGGCAAGAAAUGAAGGACGCCUAUUUUCUAAUAUUGGAUGGCCUAGAGAUCCUGAAAUUGCGAAGCGAUUACACCUACUUCUAAUAGUAAAAGAUUCUGCUGCUGAUAUCCCUAAGAAUCUUGAAGCAAGAAGAAGAUUAGAGUUCUUCACAAAUUCUCUCUUUAUGCAUAUGCCUCCAGCAAAGCCAGUUAGUGAAAUGAUGCCAUUCUGUGUCUUCACCCCGUACUACAGCGAGACUGUACUUUAUAGUUCCUCUGAGUUGCGGCAAGAAAAUGAGGAUGGAAUAUCUACCAUUUUUUAUCUUCAGAAAAUCUUUCCAGUCUUCUUUCCCAAAUUUUUCAGAAGCCGGGGUUUUUCACGAAACCACCUCUCUACCCCUUGGGAUAGAGACGAAUGGGAGAAUUUUUUGGAACGAAUUGGCCGUGUUAAUACCGGAGAUGCGGAACUCCAAGAAAGCUCGACUGAUGCAUUGGAGCUUCGAUUUUGGGUAUCUUAUCGAGGACAGACCUUAGCUAGGACUGUGCGUGGUAUGAUGUAUUACAGGAGGGCUUUGAUGCUUCAAAGUUAUUUGGAGAGCAGAUCAUUAGGAGAAGGGAUUCCUCAAGCAUCCCUUUCACCGCAAGGCUUUGAAUUGUCACGUGAAGCUCGAGCACAAGUUGAUUUGAAGUUCACAUACGUUGUUUCAUGCCAAAUCUAUGGACAACAAAAACAACGAAAGGACAAAGAGGCUGCUGAUAUUGCUCUUUUGCUGCAAAGGAAUGAGGCGCUUCGAGUUGCUUUCAUACAUGUGGAAGAGAGUGCUGGAAGUGAUGGGUCGAUGGUAAAAUCGUUUUAUUCGAAGCUUGUAAAAGCUGAUAUACAUGGAAAAGACCAGGAAAUAUAUUCCAUUAAACUCCCUGGAGAUCCGAAACUUGGAGAAGGAAAGCCUGAGAACCAAAACCAUGCAAUUGUUUUCACUCGUGGAGAAGCAGUCCAGACCAUAGAUAUGAACCAGGACAAUUACCUUGAGGAGGCAAUGAAAAUGAGAAACCUUCUUGAGGAAUUUCGAGGAAAUCAUGGCUUACGCCCUCCGACUAUCCUUGGUGUUAGAGAGCAUGUAUUUACCGGAAGUGUUUCUUCCCUGGCCUGGUUUAUGUCCAACCAAGAGACAAGCUUUGUAACUUUGGGACAACGUGUUUUGGCAUAUCCUCUCAAAGUCCGAAUGCAUUAUGGACAUCCUGAUGUCUUUGAUCGAAUAUUUCAUAUUUCUCGGGGUGGAAUAAGUAAAGCAUCACGUGUUAUUAAUAUCAGUGAAGAUAUAUAUGCAGGGUUUAAUUCCACUUUGAGGCAGGGUAACAUCACACACCAUGAAUACAUACAGGUUGGUAAAGGAAGAGAUGUUGGGUUAAAUCAAAUUGCCCUGUUCGAAGGUAAAGUUGCCGGUGGAAAUGGAGAGCAAGUUUUAAGCAGGGAUGUGUACAGGAUUGGACAACUUUUUGACUUUUUUAGAAUGCUCUCUUUCUACUUCACCACAGUUGGUUACUAUUUGUGCACAAUGAUGACAGUUCUAACAGUCUAUGUUUUCUUGUAUGGGAGGGCAUACCUGGCUUUCUCAGGACUUGAUCAGGGAAUUAGUCGUAGAUCCAUGUUGCUGGGUAAUACUGCAUUCAAUGCAGUUUUAAAUGCUCAAUUCUUAGUCCAGAUUGGAGUAUUUACUGCUGUUCCAAUGAUUAUGGGUUUUAUUCUCGAACUUGGAUUACUGAAGGCUAUUUUCAGUUUUAUUACAAUGCAACUUCAGCUAUGCUCUGUAUUCUUUACCUUCUCAUUAGGAACAAGAACUCAUUAUUUUGGACGAACCAUCUUACAUGGUGGAGCUAAGUACCGAGCAACUGGUAGAGGCUUUGUUGUGCAACAUAUCAAAUUUGCUGAUAACUACAGGCUCUACUCAAGAAGUCAUUUUGUGAAGGCGCUGGAAGUUGCAUUGCUUCUUAUUGUUUAUAUUGCUUAUGGAUACACUCAAGGAGGUGCUGUUUCAUACAUUUUGCUGACAUUAAGCAGUUGGUUCCUUGUGAUUUCAUGGUUAUUUGCUCCAUAUAUCUUCAACCCAUCUGGUUUUGAAUGGCAAAAGACUGUGGAAGAUUUUGAUGAUUGGAUCAAUUGGCUUCUGUAUAAAGGUGGAGUUGGUGUCAAAGGAGAUAACAGUUGGGAAUCCUGGUGGGACGAAGAACAGGCACAUAUCCAGACAAUCAGAGGCCGGAUACUUGAAACUAUCUUGAGUUUGAGAUUUUUCUUAUUUCAAUAUGGGAUAGUUUACAAGCUCCAUCUCACGGGGAAAAAUACUUCAUUUUCGCUUUAUGGCUUCUCCUGGGUGGUGUUGGUUGGAUUAGUCAUGAUAUUCAAGAUCUUCACCUUUAAUUCAAAGAAGUCCAACUUCCAGCUAGUCUUGAGAUUCAUUCAAGGAGUUGCAGCUCUGAGCCUUAUUGCUGCCCUUUGUCUUGUUGUCAUCUUUACGGAUCUAUCAGUUCCUGACUUAUUUGCCAGCUGUCUUGCUUUUGUUGCUACUGGGUGGGCCAUAAUAUGCUUGGCAGUGACAUGGAAGGGUGUUUUGAGGAGUUUAGGAUUAUGGGAUUCAGUGAGAGAGUUUGCAAGAAUGUAUGAUGCAGGAAUGGGUAUGAUUAUAUUUGCACCAAUUGCAAUGCUGUCUUGGUUCCCAUUCAUUUCCACUUUCCAGUCUCGGCUUCUGUUCAAUCAAGCAUUCAGUCGCGGGCUUGAGAUCUCUCUCAUUCUUGCUGGCAACAAAGCUAACGUUCAGGCAUGAUUACGUAUCUAGCUUUUCGUAUUAUUUUUGCAGUUUGAUAUAUAAGUUUGUGAAUAUGAUGUGAGAUUGUGAUUCUUCUGUGAGGCUUUAUUUCUAUUUGGAUGUUAGUUGAAGCUAUUUAAUGAGGAAAAAGAGCUACACUUUGAUUUGAGGCUUAAGAACCUGUACUUAUUAUUCCUUUUAGUAUUUCACCUUUCCAAAUUUC